AAAUGAGCUACACCGGAAAUUCACGAGCAGGCUUAUCAUUAUGCGGAAAUUCUAAAGAACGCUCCGUGCAUAUGGUCACCUAGAUUAUUACAGCGCAUUGAAAAUGUGCAUAACCGGAAAUAACUGAGCCGAAAGAUUUCAAAACGGGCGUUACGAGGCUCAGUGCAAGUAGGAGGAACAGUGAGAGAGCGGUUCGAACGAACGGGAAUCGAUUGUGAAAGUAAUAAACUCAAAAUACUGAUAUUCAUAUUAAUGACACGGCUGGUUCAGUCGACAGAAAUACUGGACACACAUAUAAUAACUGCCGAAAUACUUGCCGGUCAGUCUGAGCGCUCAUGGUACGCAAAGUGCCUACAGCCGAACACCUGCAGGCGCCACUGACUCAACGGCUCCUUUUUCAGCGACUACUCUGACUACGUUUAUUCAAACUGGGGGACAGGGGCUUUUCUAUGAUGGAUUGUCUGACCUGUAAAAGUUUCAGAUGUCUGGUGAUCAGUGCUCUAAUACUGAUAGGAAGAAUCCGUCCAAUACAAUCUGAUAAUUGCUAUGCUAAAGCAGCAGUGGCAUCUGAUGACAGCAAUUGCUCUGAGAUUGGGAGGGACAUAUUGAAGCGCAACGGUUCAGCAGUAGAUGCUGCUAUCGCCGCUCUGCUGUGUGUGAGUCUGGUUAAUGCCCAAAGUAUGGGCAUUGGAGGAGGAGGGGUUUUCACCAUAUGGGAUGCAUCAACAGGAAAGGUGGAGACAAUUAAUGCAAGAGAAACUGCUCCAAUGGGUGCUUCAGAGAACAUGUUCGGCAAAGACCCAGAGAAAGCAAAACCAGGGUUGUUCAUAGCUGUACCAGGAGAACUGCGUGGUUAUGAGCUGGCGCACAAAAGACACGGGAGACUGCAAUGGAAGGAGCUGUUUGAGCCCAGUAUAAAGCUGGCACGAGAGGGAUUUAAGAUUGACAAGCCCUUGGCCAAAGCCAUCAAUGAGACUAGUGACACAAUUCUGACUAAUGCAGCAUUGUGUGAAGUUUUUUGUGGCUCACACAACAAAACCCUCUUAAAGGAAAAGGACACAAUAAGAUUUCUCAAACUAGCUGAGACCUAUGAGAAGAUAGCAGAAGAAGGACCAGAUGCCUUUUAUGAUGGGUCACUGACUCAGGAUAUACUAGAUGAUAUCAAGGCCGCAGGAGGGAUCGUAACGCGUGAGGACCUAAAGAAUUAUAAGCCAGUGCUGAAUGAGUCUGCAAUAAAGUUCUUUGUGGGGAAUUAUACAUUUUAUGCUCCUGAUGCUCCAUUCGGUGGACCUGUGCUCACUCUCAUACUCAACAUACUCAAAGGUUACAACAUCUCAAGCAGCAGUGUGUCCACAACAGAGAAUAAGACUUUAACCUAUCAUCGUAUGAUAGAGGCUUUCCGCUUCGCUAAUGUUCAGAAAGGUAAACUGGGAGACCCACUGUAUGAAAACGUCACUGGGAUUGUAAACAAUAUGACCUCGGACAGCUUUGCGGACAUGAUCAGGAGUAUGAUUAACGAUAGCUUCAAACAAAACAGCUAUGGGCAGGAGGACAGUAAUGGUGUACCUGAUGAUCACGGCACAUCUCACCUGUCUGUCAUCGCUGAAGAUGGGAGUGCAGUGGCCGUCACCAGCAGUAUCAAUAACUAUUUUGGUUCUAGAGUGAUGUCACGCUCGACAGGCAUUAUAUUUAAUGACCAAAUGAGGGAUUUUAUUGAUCCUGAGCUGAUAAGUGGUCUUGGCAAAAACAACAAAAUUAAACCAGGUAAAAGGCCACUGUCAUCAAUGUGUCCCACAAUCAUAUUGGACAAACACAGCAAAGUCAAAAUGGUGGUCGGAGGUGCAGGUGGAACAAAUAUCACCACAUCAGUUGCUCAGGUGAUCCUGAAUUAUCUGUUUUUUGACUAUGACAUGCAGAAAGCUCUUGAAGAGCCCAAAGUUCAGAUCACAAUAAAUGAGGCAAAUGUAGAUGAGCGCUUUGAAAAGAAUAUAAUUGAUGGCUUAAAGCUGAAGAAUCACACUAUAUUUCACAAUACUGCAUUAUCAGUGGUUCAGGCAGUUGUACGAGAGGAGGACAAAAUCUGUGCUGUAUCUGACAUCAGAAAUUACCAACCAGCAUUACUUCUGUCUAUCACACAGUUCAUAGGACUGUUGCACAUUUGCUCUUUAUUAUUCCAGCUUGUCUAUUUUUUGAUUUAGCUUACAUUGUAAGGAAUUGCUUAAUUACCAAGUCAUGGCAAUGCGUUUUCCAUUAUUUUAACUCAAAUAAGUUUAACCACUUUCAACUUAAGUUAUACAAAAUAUAUAUAAAAAAGUCAGUUUACUAUAUAAAAAAGUUUUAAAGACUUAAACAGACAAUUUGAUUUUACAAAUUUACAGCAUUUUUUAAAAGAUUAUUAUUUUUUUUUACAGUGUAUCUAUUCUAUAUCCGCUAUUGCUACAGUCUAUAUUGCUAUUGCAUUUUGUAAAGUAAAUUAAUUUGAAUGAAUACACAAAAAGAAAUAAACGAAUUUCACUCUUCUAAGCUUUACUGAAAAGAGUUUGAUAGCAUUGUAAAAGAGUUGUUUCAAAUUAAUAAAGUAUCUUUAAGUAAGUGUCGUUCUGUCAGUAUAACAUUGGUGAAUAAAUGCAAAAAUUGAUGAACACAA